UCCGACGGGAGGUACAGUGCAGGGAGCUGAAAGGGCCGGGGCUGGGACACUGGGUCCCCUGCGGCUCUAGCCUUGUCACGGGGAAGCCCGCAUUCGUCGCCUGGCCUUCUCCUAGCUAGCCAUCGCCGUUCAGUUGUAAGGUUUGCGGGAAGAGAAGCAUGAGGGUUACAGCCUUCCUCCCGCCCCCUUGGAGUCUCCACGUCUCGUCUGGCCAUUCUUGCUGCUAUAUGGGUGGUGACAGCGCGGGCUGGAGUAACAGGGACUGGCGGGAACAUGUAUGCAGUAAGUGAAGGCCGCCUAGCACCGAAAAGCCUAAGCAAGAAGGUGAGAAAAGAGCUCAGCAGAGUAGACCAGAGGCAUCGCUCCAACCAGCUCCGAAAGCAAAAGAAGGAGGCGGUUCUGGCAGAGAAGAGACAGCUGGGCAGCAAGGAUGGCCCUCCUCAUCAGGUACUGGUGGUGCCCCUGCACAACAGGAUUUCCCUGCCAGAGGCCUUUCAGCUGCUUCAAGACAGAGACAGUGGAAUGGUACACUUGAAUGAACGAGGAAGCUCCCAUACCUUUAUGCUAUUAUGCCCUCGCUUGAAACAUCGCUGGUUUUUCACCUCCGCAAUGCCAGGAGAUCUCCACACAGUAUUAGACAUGGCUAAGGUAGCUGAUACCAUCCUGUUCCUCCUUGAUCCACUAGAAGGAUGGGACAGUACUGGGAAUUACUGCCUUUCCUGCCUCUUUGCUCAGGGACUUCCCACCUAUACACUAGCUGUCCAGGGGAUUUCUGGCUUCCCACUGAAGAAACAAAUAGAUGCCAGAAAGAAACUAAGUAAAGCUGUGGAGAAACGCUUUCCAGAUGACAAACUCUUCCAGUUAGACACUCAACAGGAAGCAGGGAUGCUGCUCAGGCAGUUGGCUAACCAAAAGCAACGGCAUCUUGCUUUUCGAGAUCGACGGGCCUACCUGUUUUCCCAUGCUGCUGAUUUUGUACCUAAUGAAGAGAAUAAUUUAGUGGGCACCUUGAAAAUUUCAGGCUAUGUUCGUGGGCAGACUCUGAAUGUAAAUAGCUUGCUACAUAUUGUUGGACAUGGUGAUUUCCAAAUGAAACAGAUAGAUGCCCCCAUGGACCCAUUUCCUUUAAAUCCUAGAGUAGUUAAAUCUCAGAAGGACCCGUACUUGGAAAUGGAGAUUUGUGCUGUAGAUGCUGUAGCUGAUAUGGAAGAAGACCUUAGGGUUCUAGUGAAGGCAGACCCUGAAAGACAGGAAUCCUUGCAAACAGAGGCUAUUCCAGAUCCAAUGGAGGGGGAGCAAACCUGGCCCACUGAGGAGGAGCUGAGUGAGGCAAAUGUGAAGGAAAGCUCCAGGGUAGUAAAGAAGGUCCCCAAAGGAACAUCCAGUUACCAAGCUGAAUGGAUUUUAGACGAAGAUGGUGAAUGUGGUGGGGAAGGAGAUGAAUAUGAUGAUACAGAACAUGAGGAUUUCAUGGAAGAGGAAUCCCAGGAUGAGAGUAGUGAGGAAGAUGAAGAGGAAUGUGAAACUAUGACUAUAGGAGAGUCUGUACGUGAUGAUCUAUAUGAUGAGAAAAUAGAUGAAGAGGCUGAGGAAAAAAUGUUGGAGAAAUAUAAACAAGAAAGACUAGAAGAGAUGUUUCCAGAUGAAGUGGACACCCCCCGUGAUGUUGCUGCUAGAAUUCGAUUUCAGAAAUAUAGAGGCCUCAAAAGCUUCCGAACAUCUCCAUGGGAUCCUAAGGAAAACCUUCCUCCAGAUUAUGCUCGGAUCUUUCAGUUUCAGAACUUUACUAACACUAGGAAAAGCAUCUUUAAAGAGAUUGAGGAAAAAGAGGUUGAAGGAGCUGAGGUUGGCUGGUAUGUCACAAUUCAUAUCUCUGAAGUCCCAAUCUCAGUGGUAGAGUACUUCAGGCAAGGAGCACCCUUGAUUGCAUUUUCUUUAUUACCCCAUGAACAAAAGAUGUCAGUUUUGAAUAUGGUAGUGAGACGUGACCCUGGUAACACUGAACCUGUGAAAGCCAAAGAGGAGCUGAUCUUCCACUGCGGAUUCAGGCGCUUCCGAGCCUCACCUCUAUUCUCUCAGCACACUGCAGCGGACAAACAUAAAUUUCAGAGGUUCCUGACUGCUGAUGUGUCGCUGGUGGUGACAGUAUAUGCUCCAAUCACUUUUCCUCCUGCAUCUGUGCUGCUUUUCAAGCAGAAAAGCAAUGGAAUGCACAGCCUCAUUGCUACAGGCUAUCUGUUGUCAGUGGAUCCAGAUAGAAUGGUGAUCAAGAGAGUUGUUUUGAGUGGUCAUCCUUUCAAAAUUUUUACUAAGAUGGCAGUAGUACGUUAUAUGUUCUUCAGUAGAGAGGAUGUGCUGUGGUUUAAACCAGUGGAAUUGAGAACAAAGUGGGGCCGCAGAGGAUACAUCAAGGAGCCUUUAGGUACUCAUGGUCACAUGAAGUGCAGCUUUGAUGGGAAGCUAAAAUCUCAGGACACAGUACUGAUGAACCUCUAUAAACGAGUUUUCCCCAAAUGGACUUAUGAUCCAUAUGUACCAAAACCACUACCAUGGGUGAAAAGUGAUAUUUCUUCAACAGUGCCUGAUGUGGGCAUGGAAUGAUGGAUUUAAAUAAAUUGUUUUACUGGUGCCAGUUAACAUUCUAGGGAUGAUAGUCUACAGGUUGUGAUUGGGCAAAGUUUGUUUUCUAUGUUAGCCAAUCAGACUGUUGUCCCAUUUGCAAAAGACUUUGCUUGGCCUUGACAAUGUGUCUCAAUUAAGCAUGAAAGUUUUUCUACUACUACAUAAUCCAAAAAACUAUUAAAUCUUUAUUGAAAUUAAAUCUUUACUGAAAUAUCCACUGUCUAUUAAGCAUUCAAAAACUUUUAAGAGGGAAAGUUGUUAGUGACCAGGAAACAAAAUGUUCAAGCAUGUACAGACACU